AGACAGGGACCUUCGGACCAGACCGCGAGAAUCAAGUGUGUUAUGGCCCAAUUUUCCCGAACGUCGCUUGUUCUGCCCGUUGAUUUCGCUUGUUUUUUUACGUGAGAAACGCCGCGUAAGGAAAGUAAGAUCUGGUGGCUUUUGUGGUAUGUUCCCUGGGUGUUAGGGCGGUAAAACGCGCACGAAGGGGUAACUUUUCGAAUUUUUUGUGGGUUAAGGAUGAACUAACGGAGUAAUUGGGUUUGAAUUUGUGACUUCCGGGAUUGGCGAUGGUAUUUUGGAAAAAAGAGAGAAUGGAGAAGAAACCGAGUAUAUGCCAUGAAGGAUGACCACUGGCUGCAGCAAGCUAGAUUUCAAAAAAACCCGUUUCAAACAAAGCCUUAUAGAAAUCCAAAAGCAAUAACAUAUAACAAUGUCUAAAACUUUAAUCCUUAUAAUCGAUUUAGAUACCAUAUACCCCUUCCACCCUCGCAAACAUUCUGAAUUAUUUAUGAAAAAAUGACGAAUUCGAAAUUCAUCCCCACCCUUUAAAAUCCUCAAGUGAAAAUGUCCCAGAACUUUCGGCAAAGAGAAUAUUACAAGACCAUUAUAUUAGUACAAUUGCUAGCCCUAUUUUCGUCCCAUGUCUACAGUCUGAACCAGCCGUCGGCUCAGAGCCAAGAGGAUGAGAAAAUGUAUUUCGUCGUGGCCUCCUCCUCGAAUAUGACAUACAGCAGGAUAUUCAAUAAGACCCUGACAAAUCUGACGCGCAGUUUGUUCCCAAAAGAAAAAUUCCACAUAGAACUAGACACUCUUAUCGUUGAUUUGCCAGUGAACGGCAGUUUUAGUGCUAAGUUUUUGGAGGAACUUUGCGCCAAGCUGGAGAAGAAGAGGGUCUUGGCCUCCUUCGUUAUAGGGGAUUCACCGGCUGCUUCGACUGUUAGUAUGGCGGCCACGCACAUUGGCAUCCCGGUGUUGUGGGCUAGGGGUCAGGAGAAGUUCCUUUCAGGGUUUAGGAGUUUGGCCGUCAGUCCACUGGAAAUCCAGUUAACACCAACUGGGAGAGAACUGGUGUCCGCACUAAGAGGAUUGCUGCUCCAUGCCCACUGGCACACUUUUACGUUGCUGGCAGACCAAGCCUCGGCCACGGCAUUGAGAGGGCCUGAGCUCUGGCCCAUUCUGAGGGCCCAACCACUACACCCCACACUAAUCGCAUUACCUUCGCCUCUGCGAGCCCAAUCUUUGUUUAGAAAACUGGCUGAUAUUUCACGCUCUACGAGGGGAGUGGUCGUUCUGUUGAGCGAUAAAACAUCGGCAAUGAGGAUACUGAAGGACGCGAGACGACUCAACAUGAUGGAUGGACAUUUUGUUUGGUUAUGGAUUGACACUUCGGCCAAUAUUAGUUUUAGAGAAACCACCGAGGAAGACAAAGAAAAAGAAGCCUCCAAGAACCGCAAAGAUGUAGACCUCGAAGAACGCACCAAACGCAGCCUCACCAAAAACGAGAUGAAUGAUGCCCACUUAAGUUAUCUCCUUCGUAACGAUAGAUACCUCUUGCUCAAUCGGGAUUUCGAAACCAGGGGCCCGAAAUCGAGAAAACCCCACCCGGAAGAAAUAAAAUCGAUAAUCCACGUUGAAACCGAUUCCCAAUUAGAGCUUCCUGCAGGUCUGCUUUACCUCAGACCUCUUCCGGUGAAAGUGGAUAGGCAUCUGGUCAAAGGCGCUGUUAGAUUGCUGGCUGUUGCUCUAAAAACAGCCUUCAAUGACUCCAGUUUCAACUUUGAGGAUCUCAAUCAUCGAUUUGGAUCUUCGAACUGCUGGACACCUACAAAGGAUCUGGAAAGAAAUGUUUCUCUUCAUUUUGGAAGAAUACUCAGAACAACCUGUACUGACGCUCUAGCAGGAAAAAAAUUCACACAAGAAAUUGGCGUUGACAAAGUGGACAAAUCAUUAGUUGCAAACUUCGAAAUAUUAAACCUUAUUUCUGAGAAAACAACAAAGGAAACGAAUAAUUCGACGAUAAAUAACAAAGGCGAAACAGGUAGGAAUAGUACUCAGCAGAAUCAUGUUCGAUGGAAAAGAGUUGGUUUAGUAUCUGGAAGGUCGGUUCGUCUGGAUACUAUAGUUUGGCCAGGUGGUGAUCUUUCAAUAUCUGCAAUUUCGUCCAGGGCUCGCACUGCCUUUAGGGUAGUUACAGCUCUUUCACCACCGUUCGUCAUGGAGAGUGAAUUAGAUGAGGAUGGACAGUGUCUUCGAGGUCUUCCUUGUCACCGUGUCCUAACAUCCGACAAAGACAACCUCACCCUUGUCUUCAACGAAAUGCGAAGACUAGAAGACGAAGAAGAAGAAAAGGAAGAAUCCAUGAAAGAGUCCAAAAACUCAGACUACUACAACGUAGAAUACGAGGAAGAGAAAGAACCAUUCCUACCCUUCCAAAAGUUCAAGUACAAGACCAACUGCUGCUACGGUUUGGCUAUGGACUUGCUGGAAAAUAUAGCUCAAGAAUUGGAGUUCGAUUUCAGGUUAUACAUAGUGGCGGAUGGAAUGUUUGGUUCCCAGACGUUUGUCAAGAAGAAAUGGAGAAAGAGCAGGGACGUUGCAAAGAAACGGGCUGGUUACACAUUCAGGGAACUAGAAAGGAUAACCGAUAGCUACGAUGGAGACGAAGAGGAGGCAGUGUUAGAGAAAAAGUGGAAUGGUAUCGUCGGAGAUAUAGUUUCAGGUGCUGCCCAUAUGAGUUUUGCAGCGCUCAGCGUGUCUAGUGCCAGAAGCGAGGUUAUUGACUUCAGUGUGCCGUACUUCUUCAGUGGAGUGUCCUUUCUAGCUGCACCUCAGCAAAAAUCUGACAUACCGCUGUUGGCCUUCCUUCUACCUUUCUCUCCGGAGCUAUGGAUAGCGAUCUUCCUCAGCUUGAACAUAACAGCAGUUGCAGUGGCCAUCUACGAGUGGUUGUCGCCUUUUGGGCUCAACCCUUGGGGUCGACAACGCUCCAAGAACUUCAGCAUGAGUUCUGCCCUCUGGGUUAUGUGGGGCUUGCUUUGUGGGCAUCUGGUAGCAUUCAAGGCGCCGAAGAGUUGGCCCAAUAAGUUCCUGAUCAACGUUUGGGGUGGAUUUUCUGUGAUAUUCGUAGCUAGCUAUACUGCCAAUAUCGCCGCGCUGAUAGCUGGUCUUUUCUUCCAUGACACGGUCAGCAACUACCACGACAGAAGUCUCCUCAGUCAAAGAGUCGGGGCACCUAGAGCAUCAGCUGCUGAAUACUACGUCCAGAAAGCGAAUCAACAUCUAUGGCAGCAUAUGCACAGAUAUUCCCUUGAAAAUAUAGAAGAAGGCGUGGAAAGAUUGAGAAAUAGAUCUUUGGAUAUACUUAUUGCUGAUACACCUAUUCUGGAUUACUACCGAGCAACAGAUCACGGAUGUAAAUUGCAAAAGAUUGGUGAUACGAUAAACGAAGAUACGUACGCUAUUGGUAUGACCAAAGGGUUUCCGUUAAAAGAUAGUAUUUCUGGCGUAAUAGCCAAAUAUUCGAGUAACGGUUAUAUGGAUAUCCUGCAGGAAAAAUGGUAUGGAGGUUUGCCUUGUUUCAAGCUGGUGAAUGACAUUGUACAACCGAGGCCACUUGGCGUAAGAGCUGUUACUGGAGUCUUCAUCCUUCUUGGUUUCGGUGUACUUCUGGGUGUACUGAUUCUAAUUGUUGAGCAUUGGUUUUUUCGGUAUACCCUCCCUGCACUCAGGGAGAAACCAAAGGGUUCCGUAUGGAGAAGCAGAAACAUAAUGUUCUUUAGCCAGAAACUUUAUCGCUUCAUAAACUGUGUAGAACUAGUUUCUCCUCACCACGCAGCGAGGGAGCUUGUACAUACCAUUCGUCAGGGUCAAAUUACGAGUUUAUUCCAGAAGAGCAUAAAGCGGAAGGAACACGAACAGCGUCGACGAAGAAAGAGUAAGGCCCAAUUUUUUGAAAUGAUUCAAGAGAUUAGAAGUACCCUCAGACGUCAACAAGAGGAGAGUCAACUGGAAUCUGUAACCGAAGUAGACUCUGAGGGUCACUCGUCUCCAGACGAAAAGAGGUCGAAAAUCAGUCCCAGCCUUAUCAAGAGAACCUUCAUGAGGUCCAGUCCUAAAUUCGACGCGCAUAAGAUAAGAUCACCCACGUCUUACUUCAACAGACACUUCAGUCCGAGAUCGAAGAAAAAGACCAAAUCUGCUACUAAUCUGAAUGUUCGUAGGUUCAGUACAGAUAGUAUCUUCAACUCGCCUAGUCUUGUGGACGAAAGGAGCAAUUUGGUUGGCAGAAGGUUGAGUAGGGAUGCUUCUUCUUUCCUUACCAGUAGUCCACCUGAUAUGAACAGUCGAAGAAGUAGUUACCUUGACACCUUGGAGUCGGCCAAUAGAUUGUCAGCAAAAAGUCCAGUUCUGUCCAUUGAAAACGUAUCUGAUUGCAGCUCAAAGUCCAUGGAGCCUAUGAGGAAACUGUCGGAUUCUGAAAGUAUCGGAAGGAAGUUGGCAACACUACCCAAAUACAAGGAGGCUAUAGAAAAACAAUUCUUGCACCCUCAACAUAGUUUGACUCUACGAAGAAGCGAUGAAACACUUUCGAGUAUAGACAAACGUAACGUACUGAGUGCUAAAAGUUUCACCAACAUUUCAGAAACGGAUCAGAAGAACGAUGGUAAUCUCACAGACGAUGAGAUCGUUAGGAGAAACAAGAUGAACAUAGGCGAACUAACGAAAGAACUAUCCAUGAGAUUGGAAGCUGUCAAAGUGCAAGACAACAACAUUCCACCCAAACAGAUGAAUCCCCUUAUAAAGAUCCACGUGGAGGACACAACUACUGAUACAGACACAGAAAAACCAAAACUUCCGAAGAAACGACACCAAAGUUUGGGCGAUGUUAUUCAAAUGAACGUGGAAACUCCGGUUAAGAAAAAACUGCAAGAAGCUUCGUUGUCUUUGGAUAAUAAUCCGAGUACGAAUGAUGUUAAACCUCCUAAGUUGAAGAGAAGAGAUGAAUCCUUGCCCGAAGCCUCGAAAUCUUUAGAUUCGCAUCCAAUAGUGAAGAAGAGCCGAUCAAAUAGGAAUAAGAAAGAAGAUAAUGGCAAUAGUGCGAACUCCAAAUCAUUUGAUAACGAGUCUACUAAUCUGAAGGUUGCUAGGCCAACUAGGUUGAGGAAGAAGGAGGACAACUCCGCUCUUCCUCCAGCUCCACCUCCUCCAAACUGCUCCCCAAGGAAUUCCAACGGGAGGUCACCCCUCGAAAGGUUGUCCAAAGAUGAGUUGGUGUUGCUUUGGAGGAGCUCGGAGUCAGAACUUAGGAGCCAUCUGCUGAAAGCAAUAAGGGACAAGGAGGAAUCAGCUCAGCCUCCCUGAGUGAAGUCUCCAGUAUUGAAGGGUGAUACUCCCCGGCUUUGAUUUUUGGAGCACCUGCUGUUCUCGUACUGAAAAGUAGUAUGCACAUUGUACGGUUCCAGUAUAAUCGCGACACAAUAUUCGAAAAAUUGUGUGCCUACUCAUGAAACGGCCUUAGAAGUGUAGAGUGAUACAAGCGACCAGUAAGUGUCAUCGAAAUCGUUUUUAUCCACGUAUUUUAUUCGUGGAUUGUAGCCACUUACGUAUUUCUGUUGAAAAUCGUACAAUACUGCUGCGAAUUGUAAGAAAUUUUAAACAUUACUUAAAAAAAUUUCUCGAGUUCCAAAGAUUUACAUGAUGUAUUGUGUGAUGGUGUACUUAUAUUUCUUCUGAAAUUUUUACUUAUUGUAUUAUAUUGAUGCACUCGAAAAACUGGAAAUGAAGAAAACUAGAAUUUUAACUAUUGAUAUUUGAUGAAGUUAUUAACUAAAUAAUUUUAUGUAGAAAAUUCAUUUAUCCUAUGCCAGAUCCAAUGAAUCAGCUACGUCCAAUUCUACUUUUAUUCGAAGUAGAAAUGAAACCUUGAGUCAUAGAUUUUAGAAUAAUUUUUCAUAUAGUUACAUGUGCGGUUUCCUAUCACCAACUUUUCAAGUAUUUUCAACGACAGAAAUUGGCUCAUAAUUAAUUAAUGAAUUUUACAUUGAAAGAGAUGAUUCAACAGAAAAUAUGGCGAACUUCUUCAUACCAUUCAUUCGUUGUAUUUUGGAAUGAGAAUUGAUACGAGAAAAAAAACAGGUAUCUCAAUAUGCACCAUUUGCAUUUUCAAUCAUUAUCUGAAUUUCAUUUUGUAAUUGAUUGUAUGGAUUUCGAAAAUAUAAUUUGGCAAGGGAUAGAUAGACUCAAUACAUGGAUGAGGUUGGUGAUACGAAGAUACUUUGAGAUAUUUAAUCUAAAAUUAAUUAAAAAAAUUAUAACAAUUUUUAAUAAUCACCUUCAACUUUAUUCCUGCACCACAAAUAGGUUCUCUACACCUGUAAGAUGUGAAAAACAGUUCUAAAUAACUACUCCUAAUAAUUGAUUUAUGCUAAAAUUAGCUCUUGAUAUUAAUAAAUUAAAAAAAAUUAUGAUCGAGUGUAUCAUACCAACAACUAAAAAUUGGAGAAAUGAAUUUUCGGAAGAAUUUGCCUUACUGAUAUUUAUGUUACUGUUAGAUUUUAAAUGUUAGUAUCUAGUGUAAGAAGAGCUGUCGGUCAAUUAUGUAACC